AUGUCGUACUACUUUGUCAUCAUCUCUCCUCGCGAUUCGCCGCUGUACGAGGUGCACCUAUCCUCCAAGCCAAGCGGUGGAGGAAGCGCAGGACUGAGCGCAGGACUUGGAGGAUUCGGGGGCGGUCUGUUUGGUGGAGCGAGCACGAGCACGAGCACGAGCGCGCAAAGCAGCACAGCAGCAGCAGCAGCGAAUUGGAGCUCGGACGCCACCGCAACUACGCCCAAAGCUUCGCUUGCUGCUUUGCCGAGGCGGGACGACGACGACGACGACGACGGCAACAUACCACCGGGUGGCGCAUUCAACUUUUCGGCUUCUUUGAGCGCGCUGGCCAGCGGUCUGAGAGGCUUGGAUGGACUGGGCGGCGGUGCCUCUGCGUUCAGCGAUGGUGCUGCUGGUGCGACCGCUGCUGGAGCGACCGCCACCGCCGCCACACCCCGCGCCGCUACAGGACUGACAAGCUACACGUGGCGCUCCACGCUUCAAAUGAUCGCUCACUCCUCUCUCGAUUCCAUCUACGACAAGUCCCUCUGCACCUCUCAAAUGUACCUCCGCACCAUCGAUCGAACGCAUCAACAAUUCGUCUCUUGCUUUCUGCUGCCCAAUCGCUACUUUUUCGUCAUUCUUCACGAACACAAGCACGAAGAGGGCAUUAGAAACUUUUUCUUGGAUGCGUGGGAAUUGCUCCUCAAGACGUUUAUCAAUCCGCUUCACGAUCCCCUCAACCCCAUCAGGAGUCCGGCUUUCGAUACGAGGAUCAGAGCUAGCGCUAGGAGGCAUCUCUAG